GAAGAGCCAGCCAACCAUACUACCUUUCGGCUGGCUGACCGGGGUGGCGUCGCUGUCCCGGGCCGGCCCGCGUAGCCGACUUUCGGUUGAGCCGCCCGCCGGCCCCGCCCCGGCGAGGCGUCGCACCCCCGCCGCCGCCGCCGCCCCCACUCCACUUGCUUCCUCUCUUUGUCUCCCUUCCCUUCGUUUUUGGCUCGUUCCGGCGGGUGGGAAUAAUAUAGCUCAGGCGUGGCGAGUUUGGUCGGCGCAUGCCAACCUUUUCCGUCUCCUCUCUCUCUCUUUUUGCCCUCUGCUCCUGCCUGCCUGGCUGCCGCGAUCGCAGAUCGGGAUCUCGGCUCAGCGCGCUGCGGCGACCCCGCUGCAGCUUGCAGAAAUUCUGGUUCAACACCAGCCACCUUUCACCAAUCUAAAGAACUUGAGUACAGCAAUUGUGAAGAAUUGAGCAUACUGUUCAAAGAUGGGUACAAGGAUGCCAACCUUACGGAGAUUGUCAGCCACACUGUCAUCGGUGUUGCUCGAGUGGAUCUUGAUGCUGCUGCUGUUCAUCGAUGCGGUUUAUUGCUUCUUGGUCACCAGAUUUGCCCGCCUCUGCAGAUUACCGGCACCGUGCCCUUUCUGCUCAAGGCUAGACCAUGUCCUGGGUAAUGAGAAACCAUGCUUCUACAGGGAAUUGAUCUGCAAAACUCACAAGUCAGAGAUCUCAUCUUUGGCCUUCUGCCGUCUACAUCAGAAACUUGCAGGUGCCCAAAGUAUGUGUGAGAGAUGCAGUGACUCACUUGUAGAAAACAAUGAUGACCGCACCGAUGAGCCAACAAUGGCUGCCACUCUACCUGAUAGUAAUCAAGGAUUAUAUUCCCAUGAUACAAGAAUUUGCUCAUGUUGUGCACAGCAUUAUACACAACAGAGACCGACAAUGUUUUCUCGAAUGAUCACAGAACUAGAACCUGCUGAGGCUGUUUGCUCACCAAAGAUUUGCACAGAUUAUUCCAUACUUCAUCAAGUGGAUAAAUCUUUGGAUAAAGAUAUUUGUCACCAGAGUGAUCACUCCAUCCAUGAACGAUACAGUGUGCUGCAGAUGACAUCUGGCUCCGAGGAUGAGGCUCCCUGUGCUGAUGAUGGCAAAAUUUCACACCAUCAUAAAACCAAUUGUAUGGAGGAAGAUUUGAAUGAAGAUGCCACUGCCGAGAAAUUUGCUGCUUCUUCCACUGAGUUGGUCAGGCCAUUAGAAAUGAAUGUUCCGAUGGAAACCGAUGUUGGUGACUCAUAUGAUAUAUCCUUGCCAUAUGUUCUUGUAGAUGAUCAUCCUGAUAGUAUAAUUGGUGAGGGCCAAAUGGAAGCAGAAGAUGCUUCAUUAGAAAAACAGACAUGCCAGCAUGAUCCCCUAGCUGUCAAAGAAGAGUCAGGUUUGACAGAUGUCAAUGUUUCCCAAGUUCCAGUUGCAUCAAGUGUCGAGUCACCUCAGAAUCUUGGGUACAACGAGGCAUGUCAUGGAGCGAGUGAAAGCACCAUUGAUCCAUGUUCAUCACAGUCCACAACACUAGAACAAAACAUUGCUGUUUCAGAGCACAACAGCACAAUAGAUGAUCUGGAAGGUCACAGGUCAGAAAUUACUGUUACAUCAAGUAGAGAGUUUCACCAGAAAAGUGCAUUGGUUGAUGAUGAUCCAGUUAAUUUUAGAGAUGACCAUGUUUCACAAGUUAAUUCUAGUUCUGAAGCUGUUGAUGAAGCUGAAGAUUAUGCUAAGGAGGCUGAACAGACUUGUGAUAUGGUAACACAUGAAGCGGCACUCAAAGAUCCUUCCAAUACAAAUUCCAAAGAUCCUACAGCAAAAGGUUUUGUGGAAGAAGCUCCUAUAUCACCACAGGCUAUUAGACCAAACAGUGAGGUAUUUCAGGGUCUCAAUGUCAUCGAGGAACAUCCGCAAACAAGCGCGACUAUUGGUGAAAGGAGACCAUCUCUAAGCACUCAGAUUAGCAUGAAUGAAGCCUACAAGCUUGCCAUUGGUGCCAAGAGUAGCUUGCCAUCCCCCACCUUGACUGAUGUGAUUCUUGGAAAGGAUUCCUCUUCUAGUGUAAAUGAAGAAUUGAGGUUACUGCUGUCACAGCUCUCGGCUUCCAGAGGACUCGAGGCUCCAUGGGUCGACCCAGGCCCUAGCCCACGUGCGUAUGGGCGUGGUGAUGAUUUGAUAGUGCAGAACAUCACGAACAGAAUUUCAAUUGAGAGAAAUGCAUCUGGUUUGGAGUCACUGGAGGGUAGCACUGUAAGUGAGAUGGAAGGUGAAAGUGCCACUGAACGGUUGAGACGACAGAUUGAUCUUGACCGAAAAUCUAUACACCUCCUCUGCAAGGAACUGGAAGAAGAAAGGAACGCUUCAGCGAUUGCUGCAAGUCAAGCUUUGGCUAUGAUUACCAGAUUGCAGGAUGACAAGGCUGCCAUGCAGAUGGAAGCUUUACAUUACCAGCGGAUGAUGGAAGAACAAGCAGAGUAUGAUAGUGAUGCGCUUGCUAAAGCUAACGAGCUACUUGCUCAGAGGGAACAACAAAUAGAGGAAUUGGAAGCUGAGCUCGAAAACUACAGGAUGCAGUUUGCAGGUGGACCAACAGAGAAACAAUCCAAUCAGGUCUCCUUUAAUGAAGAAAACAUUGCCGAAACUUUGCUUGAUGAAACUGGUCUUGAAGCUCCUGCAAUUACCACACCAAGUGGUAUAAAUUCAUUAGUGAGCUUUGAAGAGGAGAGGGCAUAUAUAGUUGAUUGCUUGACGAAGCUGGAGCAGAAGCUUCAAUCCUACUCCAACAACAGUACUAACAUUCACUUGUCAAAUUCAGAUGUCAUAGAGGAUUACCUUUCCAACAAAAUGCACGUUGUAGAUGAUGGCUCACUGCAAUGCCAAGAAAGCUCAAGAGAGGCCCAGGAGCCCGUUUUCUUAGCUAAAGAAGCUCAUUCUUCAACAGUGAGUCGGAAGACUGAUCUUAGCACGCUUCAAGAAGAAAUCUCAAACUUGAACAAAAGAUUGAAGACGCUAGAAGGAGACCGCAACUUUAUUGAACAUAGCAUAAACUCACUCAGGAAUGGCAAAGAAGGUGUGAUGUUUAUUCAGGAAAUCGCUAGCAACCUAAGAGAACUGCGAGCAAUUGCUGGUAGUAAAUAACACGCACAACUUCUUUUUAGUUUUUUACACAACUUAUUUGUAUAGCAGAUACCCAUCCAUCUUGUAAAUUGUAUACUUGGCAAUCUGUUCUAGUUUGAGGGAAAUUGCAUAGAAAAAGCUUGUAUUAAACACAAGGCAGACAUAAUUGUAAGCUGUGCAUGUUUUUCAUUUUUUUGAGCUUUGGGUUUGCUCAUAAUUUUUUUAAUUGUAUUACUCCAAGACAGAUUUGUUCAUCUUAAUAGCAGCAAAGGAGUCAUGUGGGUAUAUAAUCUGAAGUUGAAAUAGACUUCGAUGGUACCUUCAGUUUUGAA